UCAUAGCAACUGGCGAUAAACAAUAAACAGAAACCUAACCAAAUUAAAAAUGCGCAACGUGUUCUUAACGAUAUUAACGAUCUUCCUCUACACUUGUCGUAUAUUUGCAUUCUAUAUCAAUAUGAUAUUUAUACAUACCAUUAUGUAUAUUUCUAAAGUAAUACUGUAAUAUGAAUUAUAUACAUAUGCAGAGAAUAUAUGGAAUCAUAUCAAUGAUAUGAAACAUGACUAGCGAUUUAGAAGUAGACGAUGAAAGCAUUACUAUAACGUAAAAAUGAUUUCUUGGUAAGAACUAUAUAUCACUUGUACUUUUUACUUACAACUUCAUAUGUGAGAGGUUGUCCUAAAACAUUGAAUUAGAAAAAUGAAAUUUGGCAGUACCUUAGACUUAGAAGACAGAACGAGGUAGCGGAACUAAGAUGGAUUCUGCACGCAGUGGGGGUGUUAUAGAGGAGCAAGGCAGUGAUGAAGAUCUAUCACCUGAUGCAUUGGUUAGACAAAAUUAUGAACUCCGUCACCGGUUGGAAGAAGAGGCUGCAAGUUACAAAAGACGUUUGGACACAUAUCGACAGGCCCAGCAACAUCAAGCAGCUCUUGUUUCACGUUUACAAGCUAAAGUUUUGCAAUAUAAACAGAGAUGUUCAGAACUGGAAAAUCAAAUGGCAGAAACUAUUCCGUGUGACACUACUAGCAAAUUAACAGCUGCUACUGUAUCUUCUACUUCUGUGUUAGAUGCUGCCCAUCAGACACUCCGGGACUUACGUGAGGAACAAAUUCAUGACUUGGAUACUGCUUUAAAAAAACUUGGAGAAGAACAGCGAAAGUGUGAAAAGCUUUUGCAGUUGAAUGCAUCCUUGAAAGACCAGCUAGAAGAAUCUCACCAAACGAACGAGACGUUAACUAAUGACCUGCAAAAACUAAGCAACGACUGGGAUAUAUUGCGCGAGGAAUUGGCAAUUAAGGAGGAUGAGUGGAAAGAAGAAGAACAGGCAUUCAACGAAUAUUACACUUCUGAGCAUAACAGACUACUGAAUCUUUGGCGUGAUGUUGUGUCUGUUAAAAGAUUGUUUGCGGAAAUGAAAUCUGCUACUGAAAGAGACUUGUCUAAACUACGCAAUAAAAUCAUCACAUCAUCUAAUGAGAUUACAUCGGCAUGCAAUACUACAAGCUUUGCCAUAAAACUGCAAGCAAAUACAAUGCAACCUAUGCCGUAUCAGAAGAUACAACAACAAGAAGAAGGACAAACUACGUCUGAUUUGAAAAUAGAAAUUGCGGCACUUAAACAACAAUAUGAUACUGCUCAACAUGAAAUUCGUACGAAGGAAGACCGAAUAAAUCAACUCAUUCGAGAAAUCCAUAAUUUAGAAGAAAGAUGCGGUGUUUCGGAAGCAGCAGUGACCCAAACUGCGCGAAUGCAGGAAGACAUCGAAGUUCUGCAAACAGCAUUAAGAGAUAUAGCGCAUGCCGUGAUUCAGGAUGCCGAAUCUCGGGAUAUCGAUGCCAAACAGGCACCUCCACACAUUCACCUAUCACCUAGUGGGCCAAUCCCGCAGAGAUCGCCGAAGAGAGGUGCAAGAAGUAGUACCAUACCUGCAUUUGCUGAAAGUACCAUAAGCGCGGUACAAGCAGCUCUGCACAAGUAUCAAUUGACUAUACACGAGUUACAAGUAAAACUGCAAAUGAACAAGGAGCAGCUUUUAGCAAUGCGCAAACAGUGCGACACGGCGGAGGAGAACGCUAAAUCUCUAAACGUAAAAGUUGCAGAGCUGAUCUCUCAAUUGGAUACAUGUCGUUCGCAAUGUACUCAGCUGAAUCAAGAGAAAGAAAUGUUGCAGAAGGGUCUUGACACAAUAAGAUUGGAGAAGAACGCGUUGGAUAAAAAUAGGGUGGAACUUAAUAGUAUGGUAGAAGCCCUUAAUAACGAUUAUGAUAAACUUCAGAAGACAAACAAUAAAUUGCAGAAAAUGUGCGACAGUUUGGAAGAUGAGAAAUUGUAUCUGCAAAAUGAGCUUAGUAGAGUAUCAAAGGAUGCUGACUUAAGGGAAUUAAGUUUACGGUCAGAGGAAGAUAGAUGCAGUAAAAUGAGAGAGGAACUACUGACAUUGCGAGAAGAUUUAAGUAAGGCUUAUCUUGCCAAGGAUAUGUUGGAACAGCAAAAAUUGGAAACUGACGGAUUAAUUUCUCAGAUAGAAAAAAGCAAAGGUGAUCUUGAAUUGGAACUGGAGCGGAUAUUGCUCGAAAAGUCGGACGUACAGGAAAUUCUGAUAAAAAUAGAAACAAUGUGCUCUAAUCACGAGCAGGAUAAGCAAAGAUUGCAAGAAGAAUUAAAAAAGAUGACAGACGAAAAAAAUAAGCUCGCGAGUCAGUGUAUCGACCAACAGGGCGAUUUGAAUUCAUUGAGAAAAGAGUUGCUACAAGCAGAGCAAACUCGGCUUGAUAUAGAAUCUGAGAAAGUCACAUUGAACGAAAAGAUUAAAUUUCUCGAGAUAGAAAAAGAAAAGGUCGAGAUAGAGCUGGGUCAAGUGACCCGCGAACGUGGGGAUUUGAGUAAUCAAUUGUCAGUUUUGGCGCGAAAAAAGGAAACGUUAAAUGAAGAGCUUAUGAGAAUUAGGCAAAGACUAGAACAAUCCAACGAGAUGAAUGCGCGAAUAAAUAGAAAUUUGGAGGAUCUCGUGAAAGAUAACGAGGAAAAACAGGUGCUUCUGGAGACAAAUGAGAAGGAAUUUCAAAGGUUGCAGGAGCAACUUGCAUCAAUGCGCACCGAGAAGGAAACAUUAGAAGGGGUAUUGUUUGACACCCAAACCAACUUGGAAGCUACACACGUGAGGAAGACGCAAUUGGAGAAAGAACAAAAGGAGUUGUUGAUAAAACAGGAAAGUUUGAAGGGACAAAUCGCACGAUUAACGAAAGAAUUAGAAAACAGCGAGAAACGUGCGCAGGAUAUCAAACAAUCGCUCACGCAACAGAGUGGCGAUCAGGUUGCAGAAUUUCAACAAAUUAUAUCCAAUAUGAAGAAGCAAUCUGAAGACAAUAUCAAAAAAGUGAACGACGAAAAGGAACAAGUAAGGAUGAGCUUGGAAAAACGUCUGCAGCAGUCUUUGUUGCAACUCGAGGGAGAGAAGAACGAAGAGAUUAAUCAGUUGCAACAGAGAAUCGAGGAGUUGCAACAACACAUAGAGAAUUUAUGCAAACAACACGAAGAAGUGCUCCUUAGAGCCGAAAAUGAUAAGCAACAAGCGCUCCUUAUAGCUCAUCAUGAUCAGCAGGCUUUGCUAGAAAAACUGGAAACUAUCAUACGUGAAUUAGAGGAAGAGAAGAGCAACUUGGAUCGUGUUAAAAGGGAUGCCGCGUCGCGUGCCGAGCAAGAACGUAAUAAUACAAAUCAACUGCGUGACGAGUUAAAUCGCCUCAGGACGAAAUUAGACGAGACGAAGUUGAGAGCAGAUGAGGAGAAGAUGAAACUCGAUCUGAAGAUAGAGGAGCUUUGGAAAGAGCGCGAAUCCAUACAGAGAGAAGCCGAAGAGCUGCAAGUUCAGUUGCACAUGGCGGAGGAUAAAGUAGAUGGACUGCAAAAUCAGUUGCACGACACCAUCAGAAAACUGAAAGACGCCGAUAAUAUCAACGAAACGCUACGUAAGGAGCUGGUGGAUAUAAGAAGGCAAUUGGCAGACACCACGUAUGAAAAGGAGAAAUACAACAACAGCAAUAAGGAGUUGCGGGAACACGUGAAACGAAUCGAGAGCGAAAAAAGAGAACAGGGGAGAACGUUGGAGGAACUAUACCAGAAGAUAUCGGCGCUGGAGGACGCGAGAACAAACAUGGACGUCGAGAGGACGCGUCUGCAGACGCAAGUGCGCGACAUGGAACGCGACGCGCUGCAGUUGCAGCAACAACUUCGCUUCACGCAGGAUGAAUUGCAGAAGUGCCACGAGAACAACGCUCAGGCUCAAAACGAGGAAAAAGAGUUGCAAUCGAGAUUGGCCAACGAGACCGAGGAAAGGGAGCGAAUACAGCUGCAGCUGCAUCAAGUGAAGAAACAGGUGGUUGACUUGGACAACAGUUUGGAGGUCACACGGCAAGAACUGGGACGAUUGCGCACACGAGCAGACGAGGAAGACGAGAGGUGGCACGCCCGUGAACAAGAGUUGUUGGUGCGCCUCGAAGAUAGCCGUUGUCGCGAGAGGAAGCUGGAAGAUCAAAAGCACAAUCUGGAAGUAUGUCUAGCCGACGCGACGCAGCAACUACAAGAGCUGAAGGCACGUCUUGGCGGGUCCGAAGGCAGAGUAAGAGCUCUCGACGCUCAAUUGUCGCAGUUGGAAAGCUCGAAGAAGGAGGUGGAGCAGAAGUUGAGCAGCGUGGGCUCCACGUUGCGUCGUAUCGCUGGCAUUCAGAUGGAUGGGAGUGUGAACAUGCCGUUCAAGCUGAUGAGUCCUUCGCGGCGAUGGAGCCCGGCACGCGCGCAGGAUCAUGGUGACACCAGCAGGGAUGUCAUAGUGGACGUUGAUCCUGAAGCCGUCAGGAAAGGCGUACGGUCGCUGAUGCAGCAAGUCGCCCAGAUCGAGCGUGAGAGGGAUGACUAUAAGACGGAAUUAUGCAGCAUGAAAAAGCAACUGACGGAAUCGCAGGAGAAUCAAAGCAACACAGACAUUAAAGUGAACAGUCUUCUGGCUAACAUCCGUACGCUCCAGGAGGAGAAGAACUCCUUGGAGGCGAAACUGACUCAGAAGCAAACCGGUUAUCAAGCCCAACUCGAAGUGCUCCAACAGAAAACAGAAGAAUGUGAACAGUUAUAUGAGAAACUUACAACUCUCGAAUUAAAGAUCAGCACGGAAACAGAAGAGAAAUCUCAGUAUGAGGACAAGCUAGAAAAGAUGAAACAAGCGUUAAGCAGAUUGGAAACGGAAAAACGCGCUCUUCAGGAAGAGGUUGGCCGCAGCGAGUCCCGCGCGACCAAAUUGGAGUUACAGAGAAUGUCCAUGGAGGGGGAUCUCCAGAGGUUGCAGAUGAUGCUGCAGGAGAAAGACGUGCAAGUCCAGAAACUGCAGGAUCGCACGGAUGCACAAAGCCGCACCAUGGCGAGUUUGGAAGAGCGCUGCGUGUCCUUGAAAUCCACCAUAGAGCAACUGAAUCUGGCAUUGGAGAAAGCGUCGGCGACGGAAAGCGAACUUAAGGGUGAGAUCAAUCUACUGCAACGUAAUAUCAUGGAAAUCACCACUUCCUCGCAGAACAACAACGAAAGGCUGAAGCAGCUGCAGAAACAACUCUCGAACACGGAGAACGAUCGCAGAGUAUUAUCCGAGCGUUUGGAGACCGCUCAACAAACCCUGAGCGACUUGAGACACACGAACCAAUCGUUGACUGAUCAGAACGCCCGAUUGCAGAACGAGUUGGCGAACAACGAAGUACAACGAUCAGCUUUGGAGUCGCAGUUAAGGUUAUCCAGCUGGCCGCAAGAAGGCAGCGUGAGUAAAGAUGAAGAGCUGCUGCGCCAGUUGCAAACUGCUCAGAGGGAGAGAAGCGAGAUGAGAGGAAAGGUGGAUGCUCUAAGCGAUAAGGUGAAGCUGCUGGAAGCUGACAAGCGUAACUUGGAGCGCCAAAUCGCCUCAGCCAAGACCAACAUCAUCCGCAGUAAGAGCUACGAACGUCCUGAAAAAGCGCAUGUGGAGCUUCUGGGUACAAGUUACAGCCUCGACAACUUGGAACAUGAGAAUAGAGAGCUGAGAUUGAAGGUACGCAGACUGGAGACCCAACUGGCGGAGAAGGAAGCCGAACUGAUACGAGUGAAAUCGACGCACGUCCACUCGCACUCGCUGUUAGACAGUAGUCGAGACAGAAGCGGCGAGUUGGAGCGAAUCAGAGCCGCGCAGUUGCAGGCAGAAAAACUGCUGGAAGCGAGAGAACAGAGCCACCGUCAGCAGGUGUUGCGUUUGGAGAAUCAGAUACAACUGUUACGAGAACAACUGAAUCAAGAGAUAAAGCGCAGACAGUUGUAUGUUUUACGGAGCUCGCGAGCCGGCAGAGAGAUGCAGCAGCUGCGACAAGCACUGGGUGACUCGUUGAGGACCGUGGCGCAGGAUCCGUCGUUGGACGCGGUGCUGUUGGAGCAUGAGGCGCGGAAAUUGGACUCUACUUUGGCGAGUACCGCCAGUUUACCGCCGUCAUUAGCACUACCUGCUCCACCGUCUUAUGACAGAUCCAGCACUCCGUCGCAGCUCAAAUAACGCAAGAAAUAGAUCAUCGACUGAAUUUUCUGCGAUAACUGCCAAUGUAUAUCGAGUGAUACUUAUGUAUUCGCUCGUAAGUUAUACCUUUUUGAGAAUAUGUAAUGCAAUAAUGCGCCGCAGCGUAUUUGGGAAUAUAAUUCGGUGUGUACGCUCGUCGAGGGGAUUGCAUAUCAAGUUAUUAGAAAGAGAGCAUGUAGUGUCAUUGAUUGUAUCACACGAUGAACUCUACGAAUUAAUAGUGCUUCUUGACAUUUUACGAUUAUAAGAAACAAAACCUGCAGAUUUUUCGAUGAUGUUACUUCGUUUGAUAUAUAAUCUUUAUAUCAGACAUAUUAAAUUUGUACCGAAUUUUUUUAUACAAAUUUUUAUGCUUCCAAUGAUCAGGAGAUGUUGGGUCUGUAAGUAUUUCCUGUAUUUCAUUGAUGCGCAUGAGAUACGUAGCAGUUUCUGUGACAUAUGUGAAUUUUGUGAGACAUACUUGGCCAAAUCAAUAAUUUUUACAAUUUUCUUUCAUCACAUGAAUUCUUAUUUGUUGACCAUUAUGUAAAAGCAAACUUAAUCAGUGAUUAAUGCGCAUGGAAAUCUCAUCUCAUUCACGAAUAUGAUCCAUAACAUUUACUAAAGCGUACAUACAUAUAUACAUAUGUAAUCAUUUAACGUUUGAACAACGAAAUUGUUAAAACAAAUUAUAUACAUAUGUACUAGUCUAUAAUCCGUCCAUUAGUGUUGUUACUAGUCAAUUUAAAUUUACAAAUUUAUUUAUUUUAAGAAGAGAGAAAUAUGUUGAACAAUAUCAUAUCUCAUUUUGUCUGGAAGACAAUUAAGAGAAAAAAGAAGAGAUGUAUUAAAAGAGUAAGGCUUGUAUGCUUGUGAUUUGUGUAACGAGAAGUAUGCUUAUAAUGUAGGCGGCAACAGAAAAGAAAACGAAAAAAAAUGCUAUGUUUAGUCUCGUCCCGAGACCAAAGAAAAUCAGCAAACAAGAGCAUUGUAGAGAUAUGCUUCCGAUUAACUGGUAGACACAGAGCCAUUGUUGAGCCAUUUUAUGUAAAGUGUAGAGAACGGUAUGCUGCUAACAGAACAUUAAAAACUGCUGGUGAGCAUUAAAAGUACAGACAUAGAUGACAAAGGGUGGACUGUGUCUGUUCUUUAUUAUUAAGAAUAUAGACAUCCAGUCCUAUGCACUAUAUGUAGCCUGCCUCGGUUGAGCUGUCCAGCUUAUGAUACAAGAAGAUGGUUGAGAGUAAUAAAAGAAAUAUCGUUUAUUCGUACAUCUGCAAUACGAGGUUUAUCGAUCGUAAAAUCUGAAUGUUAGAAACUAAUCGCUGAAAACUUUUUUUAGUUGGUCUAUUUGUAUCUUUGUGACUGAAAGAAUAUCUUAUUAGGUUUUCUUGGAGAAAAAACUGUAUUUUCAAUCAGUCAUCUAUCAUAUGCAGCUCAUGAGUCGAGCAUCGUUUCAGCAAUACAUUGACUUUAUACAUGUAUUUUAAUGACGUUCAAAAAUUAAACUAUUGAAAUUUAUAAAGCAAAAUGGAGCUUUUAAAUUUGAAAUUAU